CGGAGGCGGAGGGGGAAGGGGAGAAAGGUUUUCAUGCUGGUGCUUUGCUCUUCCUUCACGACCCGGAGAAACCCAGCAUUGCAGAAUCAAAAAUUAACAAAAUCUUCGACUUCUGCUCGUAUUUCUUUCAGCUUUCGCCUUUCUACAGCUUCUUCCAUUUUGAUUCUCUUUGCUCUACCUUAACUCAGUGAACAAAAACCCAUUUUCUUGGGCUUCAAGAAAAUUUCGUUCUCCAAGAAAAUGAAAGGAGGAAAAUUUCCUUUCCAUAACCCAUAAAGCCAUCAACUUUCACAUAUUUCUUGAAACAGACGGAGACCAGCAAAGAACAUGCAGUUUGUAUGGACCCAAAGUUUCGUCCUUUUUAAGCUGAUUGUCCAGUGAUUAAAAGCUUAGAACCCCAAAAAUGGCAGAACCAUAGGGAGUCCACAAUUGGUGUUCAACCAUUGCAAAACCGUAGACACCCAUCUGUUAGUAUUAUCAUCUUCGUCAUCCAUAGUGUUUACUAUUAGUGGUAAUCAAUGGAGGAAACAAUGGCAGACUCCAUAGUUGAAGAGAGAGAAGAGGUCAUGGUGUCUUUAACAGGUGAAAAUAUCCCAACUCGUAGACAAGCUCAUUUUCUAAAACCCAUCUUGAGUUGCCAGGUUGGAGAAGCUCCCUCUCCUCAUUCACUAUGCUCCUCCCCUCUGCCACCCUAUUUUGAGCCUGAAAUGUGGCCAUUGAAAGUCAAUUUCAGAGGAUGGGGAUACCCAACAAAAGUUUGGCUUUCAUGGGUUUACAGAUUGCAUAAUACAUACGAGUCUGUGUGGAAACAAGCAGGUAUUUAUGAAGCAAUCAUGAGUUCUACUUGCUGGAUCAGGAGAACAGAUGAUUUGAUUAUUGGGAUUGCAGAGAAAUGGUGUCAUGACACCAAUACCUUCAUUUUUCCUUGGGGAGAAGCAACUGUUACAUUGGAAGACAUGAUGAUUCUGGGUGGUUACUCUGUCAUUGGCCGCCCUAUUUCCCCUGCUACAUGUUGUGUUCUUGAAACCAAUGAAUUGAAACAAAUUGAAAAGAAACUGAAUGAAGCGCGGAUACAACUUUUGAGGGGUUCAAAUUCCCAAAAGAAGUGGAUGAUGAAGUUUGUGGAUAGGGAAAUGGAACAUGAAGCAUUUCUUUCACUGUGGCUGUCAAGGUUUGUUCUGAGUGAUUCUGACAAGGUAAUCAAAGAUCAUGUUUUCCCAGUAGCUAUUCUUUUAUCUAGAGGGAUUCGUUUUGCGCUUGCACCAGCAGUUCUAUCUAGCAUUUAUAGAGACUUGAGGCUACUAAAGGAAGCCAUUGUUGCUUUGACCGUGUUUGAGACUGGUGAGAGUAAUGCAUGUCUAGAAAUUAGCCUGCAUUCAUCAUUGAGAUAUGUUCAGCUUUGGCUAUGGGAGAGAUUUCUAGAUUUGCAUCCCAAACCCAAUGCAAUCAAACAUGGUGAUCCUAUAGCAGCUCGGUGGGAUAAGGUGAAGAAACUCAAAAUAGAGAAUGUAAGGUUGGUGUUGGACACAGCUGGUGAGAGCUUUCUUUGGCGGCCUUAUGCUGUAAGGGUGAGUGGCCGGGACUUCCCAAAGUUCUACAAAGAGAAAGAAGAGUGGUUGCAUGUCGAUAAGGUAAUCGAAGAAGAUAUUGCAUCAUUUGCUCUAUGUGUGAGGGCAUCUGAGUUGGUGGGGUUAAAUUCUAUUGAACAGUACCUCCCACAUCGAGUGGCAUUGCAAUUUGGAAUGGAUCAGGACAUUCCUGGCAAUGUUGCUCGAUGUAAUGACUCACCUGAACUUGCUUGGAACAAUUUCGCGAGGACAUUCUCCAACAAGUUUUAUGUUCCAGCUCGGCUUUUUGAGUCUGAUGUUACUGUUCAAUACUUAAACUGGUGGAAGAAGUCAUGGUUAGAUUGUAAAGAUUUGAUCAGGAAUGUUGUUGGGAGAAAAAGAAGUUUUAGGAAAAAAUUGAAAUAUGUGCCACUAGCAUCUUUAACUCCAGAACAAUUGCCACGAGAUGCACUGAGAAAGUAUGGGGAUAAAACUGAAUAUCCUACUGGUUUUCCUACUACUACUAAUAACAAGUUAGAGGCUGCAAUGGGGAAGAAGGGAGAUAAUGAUGCAGAUGUUCCUCCGGGUUUCCCUCCCAAAAGUAUCCAUGGUAAAGUGCUGGAUUUUGCUGAAGAAUUGAAGUUUUCUACUGGGGAACUAUCACGAUCUUGCAAUAGGCAUCAGAGGUUUUCUGAUGUAGCUGUUACUGACGGUAGCUGUUAUGCUAGUCAAAAGAAAUGUCUUUCAACUUCAGCAGCAGCAGACAACAGAGCUCUUGGAGGUAAAACUGGAAAGAAUGACGAUAGCAAUGCAUGUUUUACUCCUAAUAAAGUAUUAGGGGCUGCAAUGGAGAGGAAGGAAGGUAAUGAUCCUUAUGUUCCUCCAGGUUUCCCUCCCAAAAUUAUGCAGUUGAAAGUUGGUGAUUCUGUUAAUGAAGUAGAAUCCACCACUGGGCAAGUACUAAGAUCUUUCGAUAGGCACGACUACAGUGCCUCUGAUAGAACAGCUCGUGAUGUUAGGAGUUCUGCAAAUGCAGGACAAGGUUAUUCCAUUUCAGCAGCAGCAGAUGACAGAGCUCUUAAAGGUAAAAUUGGCAAUGAUAAUGCAUGUUUUACUCCUAACAAAGUGUUAGAGGCUGCAAUGGGGAGGAAGGGAGAUAAUGAUGCAGAUGUUCCUCCAGGUUUUCCUCCCAAAAGUAUCCAGGUGAAAGUAGAGUUUUCUGUUACAGAAGUAGAACCCACUGGUGGGGAAGUAUUGGGGUCUUUCAAUAGGCACCAAGAUGAUGUUAGAAGUUAUGCAGGUUGCGCACUUGAUCAUUCAACUUCAGCAGCAGUAGACGAUGGAGCUAUUAAAGAAAUGGAAUUGCAAAAAACCCUGAUGAAAGAGACUACUGAUAUCAAUGCUGCAAUAGGAGGGCCAAUGCGGACCAUGGAAGAUGAAGACAGGAGAAUGAAUGAAAUCACAGAAAUUGAUAUUCAGAUUCCAGAACUCAAACUUGAUGCUCGGGUUGCUAGGCUUGAGAACAUGAUCGCUAAGCUUAAAGCGAAAAAAUUUGGUCACGACUCACAAGUCUGAUGAAACUGUGGGAGAAUAAAGCCUUAUAUAUUGUGCUUUACCAGUAGAAGAAUAGAAGUACAGAGAAUUUGCUUCCCUUGAUCUUUUUUCCCCUCUUCUUUCUACUGAAGAGGUUUUAUAGACAAUAGUACUUUUCGUGUUUAAACAAACAAAUACUGCAUUACUUGGCAUAUAUGAAGUUUAGCUCUGCUUAAGAUAUUAAUUCGAGAUUGCAUUUUUCUUCACAUUAUUUUUGUCAGCAUACAUUCUGUUGAAAAAUAGCUAAAUGUUCAUCUUUCCAAUAUGGGUUUCAGUCUACAAGACCUGG